GCUACAGGGGAGGGGAUUGAGAGCAAGAGCGGGGCGCGGCGCCAGGCGCCUGCUAGAAAGAGAUAGCGGCAGCAGAAGGAGGAGAGGAAGGGGAGCCACGCAGAGCCGGGCUCGGCGCGAGCGAGGAGCAACAACAGCAGUCGCCGGGAGGGGGGCAGUAGCGGGAGCCCGGCGGCGGCGCGGCGGCGGCGGCUGAGGGGAGCUGCCCGGGCCGGGGCUGAGGAUGCGGCUGAAGCUGGGCUUCCUCUUGCGCGCCGUGCUGCUGCUCGGCUCUUUCCUGGGGCUGCUGCUGCUCUGGUCGUCGCUCUCACCCCGCGCUGAGGAGCCCAGCCCAAAGGAACGGAUUCGGGAUAACAAAGAAAGUAUCGAUCGUAUGCCAAACAAUGGAGACCAUGGUUUGAUUCCUGGAAAUGACAAAUUCAAGCCUGUGUUACCCUGGCCUCAUGUUGAAGGUGUGGAAGUAGACUUGGAAUCAAUUCGGCGAAGGAAUAAGGCAAAAAAUGAAGGGAAUCCACUUGGUGGUAACAAUGAUCAACAAAACAUUAUGCAGCGACAGUAUCUCACAUUUAAGCCACAGACACUUAUCUACCAUGAUCCUGUAUUGCGACCUGGUAUUCUUGGUAAUUUUGAACCUAAAGAACCUGAACCGCAUGGAGUUGUCGGUGGUCCUGGUGAGGAAGCCAAGCCAUAUGUUUUAGGACCAGAGUAUAAAGAAUCUAUUCAAGCCAGCAUUAAAGAAUUUGGGUUUAAUAUGGUAGCAAGUGAUAUGAUUUCACUAGAUCGAAGUGUUAAUGACUUGCGUCAAGAAGAGUGCAAGUACUGGCAUUAUGAUGAAAACCUACUCACUUCCAGUGUUGUCAUUGUCUUCCAUAAUGAAGGAUGGUCCACACUCAUGAGAACAGUUCACAGUGUAGUUAAAAGAACUCCAAGAAAAUACCUAGCUGAAAUUGUUUUAAUUGAUGAUUUUAGCAAUAAAGCACACUUAAAAGAAAGACUAGAGGAUUAUAUUAAACAGUGGAAUGGCCUUGUAAAGAUUUUUCGAAAUGAAAGGAGAGAAGGUUUAAUUCAAGCUAGAAGCAUUGGAGCCCAGAAGGCUAAACUUGGACAGGUUUUAAUUUAUCUUGAUGCCCACUGUGAGGUGGCAGUAAACUGGUAUGCACCAUUAAUAGCUCCUAUAUCUAAAGACAGAACUACAUGUGCUGUACCACUAAUAGAUUACAUAGAUGGGAAUGACUAUUCCAUUGAACCACAGCAAGGUGGGGAUGAAGAUGGCUUUGCCAGAGGGGCCUGGGACUGGAGCUUGCUAUGGAAACGUAUUCCAUUAAGCCACAAGGAAAAGGCAAAAAGAAAAUAUAAAACUGAGCCAUAUCGAUCACCUGCAAUGGCUGGUGGAUUAUUUGCUAUUGAACGUGACUUUUUUUUUGAGCUGGGUCUCUAUGAUCCAGGUCUACAAAUCUGGGGCGGUGAAAAUUUUGAAAUAUCAUACAAGAUUUGGCAAUGUGGAGGGAAACUGCAAUUUGUCCCUUGUUCUCGUGUUGGGCAUAUUUAUCGACUUCAAGGAUGGCAAGGGAAUCCACCUCCAGCAUAUGUUGGAUCAUCUCCAACUUUGAAGAACUAUGUCCGAGUUGUGGAGGUCUGGUGGGAUGAAUACAAAGAUUACUUCUAUGCUAGUCGUCCUGAGACAAAAGCACUAGCACAUGGUGAUAUCUCUGACCUGAAGAAAUUUCGUGAAGAUCACAAUUGCAAAAGUUUUAAAUGGUUUAUGGAAGAAAUAGCUUAUGAUAUUACAUCUCACUAUCCUUUACCUCCUAAAAAUGUGGAAUGGGGCGAGAUUAGAGGUUUUGAAACUGCUUAUUGCAUAGACAGUAUGGGACAUUCCAACGGGGGCUUUGUGGAACUUGGACCAUGCCACAGAAUGGGAGGAAAUCAACUGUUUAGAAUUAAUGAAGCUAACCAGCUCAUGCAGUAUGACCAGUGUUUAACUAAAGGAACUGAUGGAUCCAAGGUUAUGAUUACACACUGCAAUCUGAAUGAGUACAAGGAAUGGCAGUACUUCAAGAAUCUGCAUAGAUUUACUCACAUUCCUUCAGGAAAAUGUUUGGACCGUUCAGAAGUUCUACACCAAGUGUUUAUUUCAGAGUGUGACUCCAAUAAAGCAACACAAAAAUGGGAAAUGAAUAAUAUUCUUAGUGUAUAAACAAAAUAGCCUGAAUCUACCUACUGACACAUUUAAUUCACAUAGGACUGAAGAUAGCCUGAAAACUGCUGCAACUAUUAACUUUGUACAGCUGAGAGCCUGGAACUUCCUAAUUUGAAUGAAGGACAUGGAUGGACUGUGAUAAAUUUAUCAUCUGCAGUUAAUGUUUACAAAAACUGCUCUUACCUUAAACUUUAAUAGAUGUUUACAUCUCUCUUUUUUGUUUUAGAAUGUUCUUUCAAGAUGUUUUCGUUGAUAAUUUAAUGCACUUUUGACUCUUGUUUCUGCUUUCUGGAACAAAGUUAAAAGCGCUGGCUUGGAUCUGAAGUAGCGUGAGGUUGCUUCCACUCAUGCAAGAGGGGUUUUUGCUUCCUCUUCUGGCAGCAGCCCCCACUCCAAAAAGCCCCCCUCCUCCAGAAUGGCUUUUUGAGUGGUGUCAAGGGCUGGGAAUUGGCAACUUCCCGCAUGUGUGUAAGUGCCUUCCACUUGUGCACAAGCAGGGGAAUUGGAUCCAAGCAUUUGUUGUCUUUGGGAUUACACUCAGGGGUCUGCAGGCAGUUGUUUUGUUCUGAGUUUUUUUUAACACUCACACUUGAAAAAGGUUGGAGUAACCAGACUUUGCUAUAACAUGGUGAUUAUCAACCUGUUGUAUGUUGUUUUGAUUUUACAUCUUACCAAGCACUGCCACAGGUUUUUAGCCAAGGUGGCCUUCUUUCACAGUCAUGCUGCUUUUUUGAAAGGUGAAUUUUCAACGUAUUUAGUGCCUCCUUAAUUUUUCCUCUUUAGUUCACGAGAAGAGCAUUGGUCAUAGUAUGCCAUGUUGAGGUGUCUCCUCUUUAAAAGGGAUGAGUUGGUAAUGCCUUCAUUACGACUUAAAGAAAAAUAUAUUACCAACUUGACUCUCACACUCCUUAUUCCAUAACAUAUAUGGUGAUCAACGGAGGGACAAAUCAAUGCUAUGUGAGAGCCUAAACAGUGAGGCUAAAAUGUCACUGGAAUCUUUUAAAGUCAGUUGUAGUUGGUAUACUGGAUAGCACUUAUAUCCAUGAACCACUUGCGUGAAAUAGCAUUAAAGCAGCUUAAAUUUUCUACUUUGCAAUAUCAAGCUGAAAUGGAAAUUGAGCGCUAUGUGAUGCAUUCAGUGGAAGUGAACACUCUAAAUUACAACUAAAACAAUACAAGCACUAAUUUCCCUGCUGCACCAUGCCUUACAAAACCUGUAUAUGUCAGAAUUGACGUCAGUAUACAGCUACACAGUGUAGAAAAUGUGAUCCAGUUUUUCAGUUUUCUUGUGACAAAUAGAAGUCAGUUAAAGACAAAGUGAUGAAAUGUUUCAGAACUGUCAGAAUUAUUUUGCGAGUACUUGACAUGUAAAGGAAUAUUGUCAGCGAGUUAGAGAUCCAUACAUAGAUUAGAAAUGUUCAUAUGGGGUAAAAUAAACUUAAUUUGUACAAAAGUGGCUUCAGACUAAUGGAAGUGGCUUUGAAAUACUGAAGAAAUUUGAACCCUGAGAUUUGACUUAAUGCCUCCAUUGGUUGUAAUCCCAGUUAUAGAACUGUGUUGCAUAGCAUGAAAAGAUAACCAAUGAUAAAGAUACCAAAACAUUCAAAAACUAAAAUAUGAUUGCUUAAAUCACUUGUGCUGUUAUCCUGAAAGCAAAAUAUUUGACACGAGUGGGGGGAUCAUUUUAAAAAAACUUCAGUAUUUAAUCCUAAAUUAAAGGAGAGUAAUCCUUGCCACAGUCCAACAGUUUUAUGUUGUUUGGGUCCACAUGUGCAGUAGUACAUGUAGAUUCUGGAUUAUAAGCAUGUGACUGCCGAAUUUUAGCUCAAAAUUAAACUCUUAAAUUAUUAAAUUGAAAUUCCUAGUGUAAUAGUGUACCUUUGUUUCUCAUAGUUUCAACUAGUUGAUCCUCACUUUAUUAACUCCUAAAAAUGAGUAAUGGUGAUACUUAAAUCGUAAGGGCAUAUUUUGAUUUUAUGAAGACUAUAUGUAUGCAGAUAUAUAGAUACAGAAAUCAGUCUUUGUAAACCUCCUUUGACAGCUGUGAAUAAUUAAAAAACAGGAGGUAGAAACUGGAAGGAGGAUAGCAAGGGUGGUGGGUACCUUUAUGUGUGUACGAAAACCAAUUUUCAUUUUCUGUGUUGGACAGAGGUUAAUUUAAUCACAUUACUAUGCAUAAGUGAAAGAUUGCACAUCGAUUGUGCAGGUGUGUAUGUGUUAAAUGGGUAUUGUGUGCAAUUCCAUUAAAAUCCAACAUUGUAUGUGAAUAUGAACUUGUAUUUUUAAACUCCAAAUCUUCAAGACGACAUAAGGCAACUGUUACUCCUAACAACUUUUCCUACUGUAACCUGCUUUUUAAAAAGUAGAUUCCAUACCCUUGCUUUGUAAGUUGAUCACUAUGCAUUUCUACACAUUUUAUAAAUUUGAUUUAUGCAGAUUUUGAUACACUGUAUGUUUCUGUAAAGAUUGUAUAAAUCCAAAGGUUUUACUAGGGGUAAAUCUGGGGGUCUUAUGUAUAUCUUAAUUCUGAGUUGCUUCUUUUUUUAGGUGAGAAAAAUAAAUUUUAACUUGUGGGUUUAUUAUA